AUGAGCGACCCCAGGCGCCGCACAGUGAGCACCACUUCACCCGGUCACGAAACUGGAGGAGCCAACCGACAGCCGAUACGCGCACCUUCUCGCUCACGUGGCUUCGCCACUCUUGAAUCUCCCAAGCGACCCACUUGUCCGCCGGCUGCUCCCAGCAGUAGCCACCGUACUCAGCAGCAGCACCAGCCGCGACAGUCUUCCAAUCGCAAUCCAAUCUUCCAUCCUGCCCGGCGUCAGCAACAACAAGAGGCCAAGAUCAAGAUCAAACUCGAGGACAACAGCCCCCACACCAGUCCCGCGCCUCUUCCAUCCAGCCCAUCAGCCAGCAUCAACAGCAUCAACAGCAUCAACAGCAACAACACCAAGUCUCCCAUGAACAAGUCCCCCACCACUGCCUCUACCAGCACCGCCUCACUCAAGCGCAAGGCCCCUCCCACUCCCACUCUCACCUCGACAGCAGCAACGCCCGACAAAGAAACCCCCCGGCCAGCCAAGAUCAACAAGACCCGACCCACCCCGCCCGGCGGCGUCACCACAGACGACGACCACCACGACCACCACCACCCCAACAACGAGCCCGCACCCGCGCCCGAACCCACGACACCCCCAACCGCCCCACCAACCGCCCCACCAACCGCCUCAACCCUCAACGCCCUCUCCCACACCGCCCACACCACCCUCCACGCCGCCCACCACACCCUCACCACGCACGGCCCCCUCCUCCUCUCCGCCCGCACCUCCGCCGCGCGCGCCCGCUCCGCCGAACGCGCCCUGCACACGCAGAUAUCGCACCUCUUCCUGCAGGCGCAAGUGCUGGACGAGCGCGCCGCGGGGCACGGCGCGGUGGCGGCGCGAGCGGAGAUGGCGGUGGGGCAAGAGGAGGCGGUCGUGAGGGAGGCGGGGGGCAGGAAGAGGGAGGCGGAGAGGGAGCGGUGCGCGAUCGAGUUGGGGAGGUGGUGGGCAAGGAUUGAGCUGUUGGAGGUGGAGGUGGGGCCGGAGGGGGAGGAUGCGGGGGAGGUGAGGGGGGAGGUGUGGGAGAGGGCGAGGGGGUUUAGGGAUGUGUUUUUGAGGGAUGGUGAGGGUGGGGGUGGGGCGAUGGGUGAGGUGGAGGUGGAGGUGGGUGGAGGAGGGGGUGGUGGUGGUGGCGAGAAGGACCAGCAGAAGAAGGGUGCUACGUUGCAGGGAGAUGGGCAGCAGCAGCAGAUUGGGGGGAAGUGA